AUUCUUGUAAUGAAUUCUGCGAAAAGAAAGUAUUGURGUCACUGUGAGCGACUACUAAAUAGCAGGACACAUCGCCUUCAUUUCUCGUUAUAUUACGACRUAAAUGCUAAGAAAUGGCGCACUAACGGAAYACAACAGAACGCUGCGUCUUCAUCAGACUCUUCCGAUGACGAAGAAGUGUUUUCCCGGCUUGAUGAUGAUACCCCUGACAUAAAUACGGACGAUGUAUCGUAAGGUUACCAGAGGAUUCAGAAAGAACACCAUACUGCACCGAAGACUCCAUAAGCACACAAGGAGCAAUAAUAAAUGAAAUGGAUGAUGAAGAUGCAAGGCUUACAGGCAGAGGUGAUCUUGAAGAUAAAGAUGAUUGGUUAUACAUGRAAAAAGAUCCAACAGAUGAUCUGUUURAAAAAUGGGAACUUAAUGAAAAUGAUMUUGAUCUAGAUUUUGAAGAGAAUGGCCAUUCUUCAACUUUGCACUGUGAUAUACAAGAACAAAGAUGUGGUGACAUCAUAAGAWKGAUGCUGAUAUUUCUAUGCAUGUGGUCAUCGUAUUGUUAUAUUUCAGACAAUGCCUUGGAUAUACUAAUCUCCUUUAUUCAUGCUGUUUUUCAAUGUUUUGGAACAGUUUUACCAGCAUUUGCAGGGAUGGUACUUGUGUUUCCAAGAUCAUUAAAUUUGUUGAAAAGACAGCUUGGUUUGGAUAAGGACAAAUUUAGAAAGUAUGUUGUUUGCAGAAAGUGUGAAACUUUGUAUGACUUUGGUGAUUGCUACUUUCAACGGCUUUUGAAGGACUGUCAUAAAAAACUGUACACAUGUUGCACAUGAUAACCAUAGACAGCAGUUUAGACGCACAGCAUGUGGGGAACCGCUUCUUAAAGAAGUGAUGCUUAAGCACGGAAGAAAGAGGUUGUAUCCAUUUAAAGUUUAUUGCUACAAUAGCAUAAUAGAUAACCUGAAACAUUUCAUAUCAAGACCAGGUUUCAUAGCAAACUGCGAGCUAUGGAGAAACAGAAAUGUCCCUGAUGGAAUUUUAGCCGAUGUUUUUGAUGGGCGAAUAUGKAAAGAAUUUAUGUACAUAGGUAGUGAGCCCUUCCUUGCAGCACCAAGAAACUAUGCUUUUAUGAUGAAUGUGGACUGGUUCCAACCAUUUAAACAUUCAUUGUACAGUGUUGGUGCCGUUUAUAUGGUUUUUAUGAAUCUUCCAAGAGAACAGCGCUUUAAGCCAGAAAAUACAAUACUUGUGGGUAUAAUACCUGGUCCACAUGAACCAAAGCUAAAUAUUAACGCAUACUUAAAGCCAUUGGUUGAUGAAUUAAAUACUCUUUGGAAUGAAGGAAUUCAAGUUAAACCUYCAGGAUACCAAAGUACUGAGACAUUCAGAGCAGCCUUACUGUGUGUAGGGUGUGAUGUGCCAGCAGCACGGAAGGUCUGUGGCUUUACAGGUCAUGGAUCAUGCCAUGGCUGCUCCAAAUGUAAGAAGAUAUUCCCUGGAAAUGYAAAUGAGAGAAUGGAUUUUUCAGGAUUUGAUCCUUGCCCUYCACGGACUAAUAUAGAACAUAGGCAACAAGCUKAAGAUAUACUUAAACAAACCUCUGCAACAGACAAAGUAGAAAAAGAGAAAUUAUAUGGAACAAGAUUCACUGAGUUGAUGAUGCUUCCUUAUUUUGACUGUGUAAGGUUCCAUAUCAUCGACCCUAUGCACAACUUAUUUACUGGCACUGCAAAACACAUCAUGAAAAAUAUCUGGCUGGAUGAGAACCAAAAAAUCAUUGAACAAAAGAGUCUGGUAAACAUUCAAAAGAAAGUGGACAAUGUCAACGUACCAUCAAGUGUUGGACGUCUGCCUAAGAAAAUUUCAAACAGUUAUGGUGGCUUUACCGCUGACCAGUGGAAAGCGUGGACUAUUAUAUACUCGGUGUUUGCCCUUUGGAAUGUGUUGCCACAAGARGACAUGGAUGUAUGGCSUGAGUUUGUCAUAGCUUGUAGCCUUCUUUGUAGUACCAUCAUUACUGAAACAAAGGCCAGGUUGGGACAAUUGCACCUAAUUACAUUUUGCAAAAUGUUUGAGGAUUUGUAUGGCAAAAAUAAAGUGACUCCAAACAUGCACCUCCAUACCCACAUAUCAGACUGUAYAYUGGACUUUGGUCCAGUGUACACAUUUUGGCUAUUUAGCUUCGARAGAUACAACGGCAUACUUGGAGAGUACUCCACAAAUCAAAGGUCAGUUGAGAUCSAGAUAAUGCGCAAAUUCUCAUCUGAACRGUUUGUCAAAGCAUUACCAUUGCCAAGCUCAUUCCGUGAUCACUUUGAGCCUGUGUUUAAUAGAAUGAAGUCAAAGUGCACCGGRACUCUACAAGAGUAUACUACAGAUGCUGUGUACGACAUAACAACCUCUUUGAUAAGCCUUCACCGUCUUUCUAUUGGCCCAGUGAGAAAAGGUGUACAUUGGGUUAUAUCGGAAAGCACAUCUGCUAUCAUCACAAUUAUAGCUCCUAUAUCCAUGUACUGCAUUGAACAAGAUUCCUUAGAAGAUCUAAAAGAUGCAUACAAAACAAUUUUGAAUGGCAUUGAUGAACAGUCAGUAACUAUUCAUUGCGAGAAAAUUUCUGGUAUAUCAUUUGGAGGGGAAGAGUAUGGUUCCCUGGCAACACGAAAAGAACGAUCUGCAUUYAUUUUAGCAAGAUGGUGUAGAAAUUCAAGAGGACAAAUUGACAGUACUGGAUUAAUGCUAAGACCAGGUGUAGUCAACUAUUUCAUACGACAAAACAUCCAAGUUAAUGGACAGUAUCAUACUUUUAUUUUGGCCUCUGUAAGAUGGUUCAAAGAACACCCUGAAAGACAACAUCUYGGGGUUCCUGUUGAAGUAUGGUGUAGAGAUCUAYAUGAAGAUAAUGGUCCAGCUGAUUUUAUCCCCUUUCAAAGAAUUCAUUCAAAGUUUGUGCCUGCAAUGGAUGUUGUCAAAAAUGAACAUGWUUUAAUUACAUGUCCUUUGCCACGCAAGUUGCAAUGCUGAACUGAUUAUUGACAUAAUUUGUAAUAGUUAUUUGCAUUUGAAGAUGCUCUUGGUAUAAAUUGAUAUGUUCACAAAUAUUWGGUAUAGACAACAAGAAGUCUUUAAUAAUAAUUGAUGUAACAGUUUUUAAAAUUAUUAUUUAAUUAUUAUAAUUAUAAAUAUCACCAUAUUUAAAUGAAUGUACACCAAGUUCAAGUUUGUGACACUAAGAGAAUGCAAACUGAGUCCAGAAAGCAAUUUUGAAAUAUGAGUUAUAUGCAUUUUCAGAGCUGUGUUCAAAACUGUGAUACCCAAUAUCUCUCUUGGUCUUACCUUAUUAUUUCUGUUAAAUAUCAAAUUUAAUUUUAAGUGUCAGUUCAAAUACCUUUACAUGGUAAGCU